AUAAAGUGUAAAAAUUAAAGGAAAGCAAUAUUUCUGGAAAAAUGAAAUGUUAUUGGCAAUGUUUUUGCUUGCUUUUGCAAGUAACUUUUUUCAUUGCAAAUUGUCUCGCGGAAGAUCUGAUACUUAAUAUAAACUUCAAGAAACCGAUUGCAGUAACCGAUCCCGCAUUUCUUAGCUUUACUCUGGAUCCGGCAAUACUACAUAACAAUGCUUUUAUCGAAAACAUUGAGAAAAGUAUAAAUAUGGCGCAAGGCUUGGCACCUGCUUAUGUUCGCUUUGGGGGAGCACAAAGUAAUUCUUACAACUUUGAGCGAACAUAUUCGCACGAAAUUGAUACGAAUACAAAUGACGUACAUUUUGGAACGCAAUGGAUAUUUAUAUAUCAAUGGGCAAAAAAGGCUGGAUUAAAUGUAAUCACAUGCAUUACUCCUCAGUAUAUUGAUAACAAAUCGAAAACACAUUCCACAGAUUCUAAAAAUAUAGUGGAGCUUCUUUCUUUCAGCGAUCGCAUGGGUUAUAACAUUAGUUGGCAAUUAGGCUACGAAUGUCAAAAGAGGUGUGAUUUAUCUGGAGGAGAAUUAGGACAAUACGUCGCCAAUUUACGCGAAAUGUUGAAAACUUUUCCAAGAUAUUCCAACAGCUUACUCACAGGACCAGAUAUUGUGGCAUACAAAACAGAGCAAGAACAGAGAUAUCUUCAAGAUUACUUGCAUUCAGCGAAUGCUGCGCUUUCGGCGAUUACAUGGCAUCCUGAUUUGGCUAGUGUAUCUUUAAGCAAUGAUAGUGUUUCUAUACAAUAUGAUAACAUGAUUGCUGAAAAGAAUGAAAUAGAUAAAAUUAUCAAUCGUACAGUAGGAAAGAAACCACUAUGGAUUGCGGAAUCAAAACCAGAAGAGUGCAAAUAUCAAUAUUUAGGAGCGCUUACCUGGGCAAGAAGACUUGGAAAUGCUGCGAAAUUUGGUAUACAAGUUGUGAUGAGGCAAUUAUCGGAUUUUUCUAAAGCCACUCCUGAUUAUUGGGUAUCCUUAUUAUACAAAACUUUAGUGGAUCGUGAAGUCCUAGAUACGAGAUUCAACAACAAAAAUGUGCACUUUUAUAGUCAAUGUACGAAACCUUCUGCAUUGUAUAGUAAAGGAGCGAUUACGAUUUAUGGCAUAAAUUUGUCACCGAAAAGAGUGACUGCCAGUCUGAAAGACUUCAAAAUUAAAAUUCUUCACAAAUAUAUUCUGUCAAGUCCUGAGACUGGUAAUAAAAUGUUUUCAGAGGAAGUCUUGUUAAAUGGUAAACCACUCAACUUAAUAAACAACGAAAAAUUGCCUGAUAUAAAUCCAGAAAUUAUUAUCAAUCCUGAUGGGCUUGAAUUAGAACUUCCCUCUGGCGGUAUAGGUUUCUGGGUCAUACCUAAUGCAAAGGUAAAAGCUUGUACUUAUUUUGAAGAGGAAAUAAUUGGGAACACUAUAGUGAAAAAUUUAUCUAAACGACAUAAAAAUGACAUUCAAGAAGAUAAUCAAAAAGUGAAAGAAGAUAUAAGUCAAACAAAUUUAAAAAUUCAGAAAUUUAACGUAAAACAAGAUAGAAGAAAGCAAAAAAACAUCGGAAAUGCUAAUAUGGAAAAUCAGCAGAAAAUUUGGAAUUCUAAAUUAUUUGAAAGAAUAAAAAAGAUUCUGGACAAAAGACCAAAAAAAGAAAACAAUGAGUCUAUUUUGCAAAAAUCAUUGACGAUCGUUUGGAAAAAAGAACAAGGAAGUUCAUCUGAAGAAAUGGAAAAACAGCAAAGUUUGAAUAAUACAGAUUUAAAACAAGAAAAAGUUGAUAAUAAACUUGAAGGCAUUCGAGAGACGUUAAAAAAAUAUAAACUCGUUUUGCUGCAGAAAAAGACUCAAAUAGAUGCAAAUGAUAUUCAAGAUCUUAAGUUGGAAAUCCAAAAUAUUGACAAUCUUGUGGCAUUAAUAUCAAAUAUCGAUGCUACUCUUUUUCAUGAAAUUAUUUCAAACAAAUCAACUUCCGCUAUAACAAAUACAAAUAUAAUGAAAAAAAUAGAAAAAUAUUUCAAUAUGCUCUAUAAUUUGUUAGAAGAUAAUAAUCCAAUACAGAAUAAUAACAGUUCUAAGAAUAAAAAUUUAAUAGAAAAAAGAAGAUUUAAAAGACAUCUGGGCAGAAAAUCAGGAAAUUUAAAAAAAUCAAUACUUAGAAAGCGCUCACAAAUAGAUGAUUUAAAAAAUUAUAUACUUCAACAGAAGAUAAAACGAAAGAACAAUGAUAGAAAAAAAUUAAUUUUGUCCAACUAUAUCAAUAAUUUAAUAAAAAAUGUUAAUAAUAAAAAUAAAUGCAAUAAUCAACGAGAUUCUAUUAAAAGAUUUAUCAAACGUGAUACUUUCAAAAAUGCUGCCUGUCAUACCGAUUAUCAACAUUUAGUCCAAAAACGAACAAAAAAGAUAAUAUCUAUAAAAUGUGCUCUAAGACUGAUAACAUUCAAAAAUUAUCAAAGUUUAAAGCAAGAGCCUAAAAGGAGAAAAAGGGAUAUUAACAAAAGAUUAGUUGAGAUAGGUCUAAGAAAAGAUAGUGUUUUCAGGAAACAUUCGAAAACCGAUGACUUGAAAAAUUACGUAAAUGAUAGAAAGACAAAACAGAAGGACGAUACCAAAAGAGAAGGUUUAUUAAUUCCAUUUAAUCCAAAAAUUGCCGAUAGUAGUGAAAAUAAUUUUUACGGGUUUUUUCGACGAAAUCCUGUUAAAGGAUUUCCUGAGACUGACAUUUUUGUAACUACGGGCGAUUCGAAAGAGGAAAAUGGAAAAGAUUAUGAUUAUGUUGAAGAUGAAGAUAAUGAUAAUGAUAGUUCAGACAAAAGAAAUACGCAUAAUCAAAAAUCAAUGGUAGAUCAUACAGAAGAUAAUAUUUGGAUUGAAGAAGGUGAAGAUAAUCAUCGCAAUUACAUGCCAAAUGAGUUCUUUGAAAAUAUCAAAUUGUCCAAUAUAAAAAUACAAGCAAGCUCUAAGGAUUAUGACGAUUUAUGGGAAGCGGAAUUUCUACCUGAAAAUCAAAAGUAUAAUAAUAACAAAUCUAUUAUUACAGAUGUCGAAAAACAGCCGUCUAAUGAAGAAAAGAAUAAAUAUGCUAAAGAAAAUACGCAGAAGAUAGAUAAUUAUUAUAAUCCCAAAGAGCAAGAAUACAGUUGGGAUAAAAGAUAUAAAGGGCCAGGAUCCGAUAUAGGAUAUUCUUCAACAUCCUUUGAUCAAUUUCCCAAAACUUCAAUCUACUCCAAUUAUCAAGCAUCAAAUAUUGAUUAUGAUAAUUAUCAUGAUAAAGACAAAUUAAGAGAAGAACAAGGCAUAAGUAUGAGCUUAGUUAACACAGACGAUAUUAAUACAAAAUUAACCCAAUAUUCUAGACCUUCUGCUGUAUGUGCAGAAUAUUCCACUCAUGAUAACAUUUUUCAUACUGAAAGAACUAAAAGAAGUAAUUGGGAAAAACUCGGAAAGAUUUUUGCUGAAGAAAUGAUUAAGGAAGACGAAGGAAAUGCAAGAGAUUGCCAUUGUAGAAUUAUCCGAGCAUCUAAUUCCCCAAAGAAGCCUUAUGUUUAUCGUACAAAACGUAAUAAUCCAGAAGAUACAACUCAAUUCAUAGAUGUUUCUCCAGAAGUUAAAAGUAAGAAUACAAAUAUUGCGCAAUCUGAAAAAAAUGUUCAAAAUUCUAUGACGAGAGAGGAAUUCGAAAAAAUUAUAGCGGGAGAGAUACUUCCAAGUACAAAUGUCACUGAAUUUGAUUGUGAAGAAAAUACAACUACAGAAGCUGUAACCACAGAUUCAAGCACAUUGGAUAAUGAAUUAAGCAGUACAACGCAAAUUAUUGAUAUAAUUUCAACGGCAGAAAUAGAUAAUAUUUCCAGGCAAUGUCAUAAUACAAUGAAAUCUACUACAAUGAAAUCAUCUACGGAUUCAAUUUCACAACUUUCUCGAAAUAAUGAUAAUACUGCUGAAUAUAUCACAAAGGAAACGUUUUUUCGUACCCAAUCAUCAAAUAUCCAAUCAGAAGACAAGACAACGACGAAUGAUCCUACCAAAAUUAAUUCUAAGAUUUCUUCAGAAAAUAAGGACAGUUGGCAAGAACCUAUUGUCUCCACUAUUAACAUCUCCACACAGAAAACGACCUGCGAAAACAUACAAGAUGUCACCAAGGAAGGAGAAAAAGCCAACCGUUCAAUUAAUUCAAUCACCACAAGUCAAAAAAACGAAGAAAGGGACGACAAUAAUUAUAAAACUGAAUUAAAGUCAAGCAAUUUUAUCAAAGAAGCAACAAAAAGUAUUACUGAAGAGCAAACAAAAAGAAAAUUAUAUGCAAAACGAGAAAAAUUGUUUCAUCAAUAUCAAGAUGAAUUAGCGAAGAUAGUUGAUGAACGGAAGAGGAACUUGAAGAGGAGGGAAAUAUGGGAAAAGUUCCGAGAAAAUAAUGAUUUUCGUCAAUUGAUCGAUCAGAGUGAGUUAAUUGGUCUCUUAAUUAAUGACAAUGUUAGCUAUGAAAACAGCGAUGAAAGUUAUUUAAUUCCUAUGAAACUUCUUCCAAAACAAUAUAACAAUAUUAUAGAGAGAUCAUAUUUACUUGCAAAAAUAAAGAAAGUGCGUAAUCCGGAACACAAUGAAUAUUAUCAGUCUCUUCAAAACUUUAAAGUAGACCUAGAUGACGAAGAAGCAGAAAUGUCCAGAUCUUCGGAACGCAAAUAUAAUCUAUUAUAUAAAUAUUUUCCAAAAGUAAUCGAAAGAUUAGACAAUCAGUAUGUAUCAGAAGAAAUAUCAAGCUCAAUGGAUACAUAUCGAGAUGAUAAAACAUCAGAGGAAUUUGAAUAUGAAGAUUUUACAAAUCUGCAAAGUAAAAAUAUUGAAAAUAUUUCAGAUGAAGAAAAUUCUUCGUACAAUCAUAGUAAUGAUGUUUCUGAAAAUAUUGAAGACACUAAAGUCGAAUUGGAAAAAAAAGAUGAACAAUAUAAGAUCAAAAGCGACAAAAUUGAUAAAUAUCUAGAAGUAGAAAAAUUUAAUAAAGAAGGAAUAUUUUUAGUCCUUCCUUGGAAGAAUAUAAAGAAAAGGCAAAAAAGACAAAGCGAGAUAAAUAACGACAUAGCUCAAAUGAAACACGAGGUUAUAGGACAAUCACAAUCAAACAAAUUGAUUUUGACUGAAGAUAAUCUUGAAAAUAAACGCAGUCGAAGAUAUUAU